UUCUGCUGGAUCGGCAAGCGCAACCUCGAAACCGCGCUCCGGUCCAGCGGCGUCGACGCCGUCGUGCGCUGGAAGGCCUACCAGCUGAACCCCAGCGCGUCCGACACGCCGUCGUCCAAGGUCGAGAUGUACAUGCGAAAGUUCGGGCGCAGCCGCGAGGAGGUGCUCCAGCUCUCCCGGAGCAUGGAGCAAAAGUUCGCGGCCGUCGGCCUGCCCCACAGUUUCACGGAGAAGGCGCUCGUGUCGAACACGCUCGACGGCCACCGCGUGCUCGCCUGGGCGGGCGCGCAGUCGCCGGCGGCGCAGGACGCGGCCGCGGAGCGGCUCUUCCGCGGCUACUUCGCCGAGGAGCGCGCGCCGAACGACGCCGCCGUGCUCGUCGAGGCCUGCGUCGAGGCCGGCAAGUCCGAGGCCGACGCGCGCGCCUUCGUCGCGGACAAGGGCGCCUUCCGCCGGGAGGUCGAGGACGAGCUCCGGGACGCGCGCGCGAAACGGAGCCUCCAGGGCGUGCCGCACUUCGUCAUCACGAAGCCCGGCCAGACCCCCGUGGAGAUCAGCGGCGCGCAGCCGCCCGCGGUCUUCGAACGGGCGCUCCGCUGA